AUGUGGCAAAAGGAUUUGGUGGUAAAGGAUGAGAAGAGGCAUAAUGAGAAUGAUGAGAAUCUCGAUUAUUUGAGAAAUCUCGAGAAUUUGAAGGGCCUCGAUAAUUGGAAUUUUGAUAAUUUGAAUCUCGAGGAUCCCGAUAAUUCGGUCCUCGAUGACUGGAGCCUCGGUAACUCGAGGAUUGAGAAUAUCGACUGUCAUGAUUUCGAUGUUGACGAGGUUGCGGAGGUGGACAGGUUUCAACUGAAG